CAAUCGAGCCACAUCUGACAAGGCAGCCUGGGAGAUCCUGACGAGCAGCAUGACAGAUAUGGUACAGGGAGGGGCAUGCACUGGCAUCACUUUCAUCUGCACCAAAACUGAUAAUAUUGAUCCCCAGUCUUACAUGAGAUCAUCAAGACUGAACAAUGAAGAUCUACAAAUCACAGCGGACAAUGAGUCCGAGAAAAAGCUUAAAUGCAUACAGCACAGGAAUAACAAGGCCAAGAAUCGAGUGAAACAAGCCUUUGAAAAACAGUGUCAACUCCAGGUAUUUCUCUCACCCAGGAGGUGUUUGUGAUAGAUUUUUCUGAUCAUACAGCUGGCUGAUUGACCUAUUGUGAUUUUUUUUCAGAAAUAUUACAUUCAAAGCAUUUCAGUGUUUACUGUAAGUUCACAGGAGUUCUUCUCAAAGAAUCUGAAACAGGAGGACACAGAGAUACCAAAGCUGAGAGAGGUGCUGAGGGGAUUUAACCACAGUCACACAAACAGAGUGGCCUCACAGUAUUUGACAAGUGCCACAGGGAUCCUGUCCCUCAUACAGACAUCCAAAGAUAACAACGAGGAGAUGAAUAUGGACAAAAUUAAGCUGCACAAUGAGCUGAAUAAGAAGCUGGAUGAUCAACUGAAAUGUCUACAGGUUGAUCAUUUAGAGCCAUGUCACGAUGAACUGGAGAAGUACCUCUCAGAUGGAGUUAAGAAGUCAGUGAUGAAAUGUGCUGAAAUAACCAAGAAAAACGUGGAAGUACCAGUUGAAAAAAAUGGACGUGGAUACCAUCAGACUCUAUCCGCCUUGUGCAGAAAUAACGGUUUCUUCAGGUCAAACGAUGGAGAAACAAGAGACCUGAACAAGUCUUUGGCUGAAAUGAUGUAUGAAAGCAUCAAUGAAAAGUUUAAUGCCUUGUUCCCAAAUAAAGGGGAAACUGGACUGUCAGUGCGGGAGAAGGUCAAACGAUUCAGUAUCUUCUCGAUCAGUGUCACCGAGGGCUACAGCAACCCUGCCGCAAUGACUCACAUUCUGAGGUUCUUAAAAGCUGAGGAAGCCAAACUGAAGCGUAUGAUAUAUAGAGAUAUUGCGCAACAAAAGAAGGCAAUAUAUGCAUCAAUCACAGAUGCCAUCAAAGAAGAGAUGGUUCCUGGCUACAACAAGGCUGAAGAAUGUGUUGGAACGAGAUCCAUGACGGUGAAGCAGAAAGUACUGAUACAACAUACUGAGUCACUGAAGCACACCAUGUUCAACAAAGCAAAGAACAGGAUGCUGUAUUUGUUCAAAUAUCUGACGGAACAAAUCGAGAUGAGGUUGAGAAAGGAGCUACGGGAAGCUAUGGCUCAUGCACUGACUAAUUCCAACUUCCCGUUUAGCUUGGAUGUCAGCGCUGAAAUUAGAGAGCUGGAGACGUUAUCUGCCCUAACUGAUGAAUAACAGCGCCAAGAAUCUAAUGAAGAGCGGUGCGGAAAACAGGUUUUUGUGUAGCCAUGUAAAUGUUCAUGGCUGGUUAGACAGUGCAGAAAAUUACAUAUAUAAAUCUUCUAUAGAUCAUGUAGAUACAAUGUGUUAAAAACUAGUGAGAUAUGGCUAGGAUGGUCCGUCUUUGUCAUGAAGGUCUGUGGUUGUACUGUCUCAUAAAACUCUGUAGGACGACAUAAACAACACAACAUUCGUACAUCAGUCUCAGCUGUGUGUUAAGCUUGAGCUGGAACAACCCCAAAAGGAAUGACAGACGUUGUCAUAAGUGUUCUAUCAUAAUGUAAUCCAACAGAAAUGCCAUCAACCAGAUUAUUUGAUCCUAAUUAGGCCUGUAGGGGGCUGGAGCCAAUUCCAGUGCUCAUUGGGUAAAAGGCAGGGAAACACACUGGACAGAUCGCCAGUCCACACAAACACAUUCACACCUAGGGGCAAUUUACUAUCUCCAGUUAACCUGACUUACGUGUCUUUGGACUGUGGGGAGUGUGGAUUUUAUUUGAAUGAUAUAUAGAAUUGUUUGGAACUUAGGGUAGUAUGUUUGGCACUGAAAUGAUUUAAGAAUGUAAGAAUGUAAGAUAUAGAAUGUUAGAUAUAGAAAACAGGCCCGGGGCUCUGUAAAGCGCCUUGAGAUAAUUGUUUUGGCGCUAUAUAAAUUGAAUUGAAAACAUGACCCAGUUUAAAAUAAAUGUAGAUCCCAUUAGUAUAUAGAGUUUGCUUCAUUACAAGUGCAGAAUGAAGAGGCUGAAAAGUUGUCCUUUGUGGCUGAUUAUUACUCACUUUGGCAUUACAUAAUUCAAAUUCAGACGUGCUGUUUUAGUGAAUCUCUUUAAUGUAACUACUGUCUAUGAACCUCCUGCCUAUUUAAUGAAAUACGUAUUUUAUACAUUUUAUUCUAUUUUUCACUUUUAAUUUUAUGCUCCAUUUAAAGUAACAAUAUGUAACUUUUUUACCUUAAAAUAACAGCUUGAAAAAAAUGGUGCCGCUACAAUUACCAUUGCCAUCGGUUGUCUGUAGGCAAAAUACUGCGGUAUGUAAGAUUUCUGGAGCUUUGUGUCUGAGCAUGCACGACUAGGAUCGGGGUAGUGACAAUCACUAUCGGAACAGCUUUUACUCGUUGGCGAGAGCUGAAAGACACAUUUGGAUACAAGUUCGAUUCAGAGCUAGCCAUCUUUUCUUGACUGUGUUAGCAAAGUUGUUGACUCGCUAGUUUGUCAUAAACGAGGAAAGCAAAUUCCAACAAGUUUCACCGCUAGGGGGAGCUACAAGCCAAAAACUACUUAUUGCUGCUUUAACAUUUCUGUGCUCAAACAUUUUUGAUGCCAAUAUACACAUAAACGUCAAGAUGGUGGCACGCAUGGGUGUGGCGGAUCCUUGCUCUCCAGUUUGGUGUUUUGUUUGUACUGUUUUGUACUAGUUUUUUGUUUGUUAGUCGAGAUUUGCAUAAGAUUAGCUAAGUCCUCAGCCGCAAGGACUUCAUUGACAACGGAUUCCAAAUUCCGUUGUUUGCAAAUACAAUGACAAUAAAGGCUUUCAGUUCAAUUUUCCUUUUUCUCUCUUUCUCUCUUCCUGUUCUAUGUGGGUGGAUAGGCUGUUACUGACUCCAUCAUAGUCAUUUGUCUCAGUAGAUAUGAUACAGAAGGCUAAUGAGCGUCAAUGUGGUAGCCUGACUUUGUCAUACUCAUAAUUCUAGUCAGAAUAUGAGUCUGAGAACUCUCCGUUGGGCUGUGACUACGAGGCGUGUUUCAAACGAACCUUGAAAACAAAUGCCUCUUCGCUCAAUUGGAUAGAUCUACAACCAAUCAGAGCAACGUAGUAGCCUAUGUUAACUUUGACCGAAUCCCGUAGGAAGGACGGCAAGAACAUAUUUUCCAUCGACAAAUGACUUGAUUGCGUUUCUCUGUUCCUCUUUCAAAAUUAAUGCGCUGUCGAUGUCUUCUAAAACAGACUCGAUGUCAGAAUCAUAACAUCCCAGAUCUCCAGCAGUAUGUUUGUUCAAAACGAAUUCAACUUAAGGGCUCUUUUGUGACGUGGGUGAUUACGUUACUGUUGUUCAUCUGUCCAUCAUCGUAUAAAGCCCGCCCUGGCAAUUUCAUUGGUCCGCCCAGAUUUGGGUUUUCUGUAGUUGUCCACAAUACGAGACCCUCCAGACCCAACUUCCCGACCAAAUUUUUUUGUGGGCGGGACGAAGUUGGGCUGGCAGCCAGGCUAUCAAUGUGGAGGUGUCUCUUUGAUUUGACUUCAGAGAUGUUAUUUUGUUAAUUGCUUUAUGGACUCUCUUGGAUUAGUCAAACUGCUAAAUGUGUGUUUUCAGUCUUCUUUAUAUUCUCUGUGAACAAGGGGUUUUGGUUUAUCUGAUUCAGAAGGAUAACUGAAUGCUCAUUAAUGAAUGAAAAAAAUAAAAAUGUCAAUUUAAUGUCACUACGAUUCGUUGAGUCAAACUUUUUUUUUUUGGAGCUGAUGGAUGUAUCAAUGCAAUCUGCAAGGAUCGUCUUUUUACAAAGUUUUGUUCAUUUAGCAGCAGCAUGUUUUGUUGCUGUUAUUUGUUUCAGUUGUGCCUUUUGCUUCAUAUUGUAUGCCACACGUGUGCCACAAGCUUAAUAAAUUAUGCAAGUUAUUUGA